AUGGUGUCACAGCUCGAGCCGCACCGAUGCGCCGCGCCCAACCUCUGCAUCGGCCGAUGUCGCUGGCAUAGCGUUCAUACCAUGCCAGACGGAACGCAAUUCACCGGCGACAGCAGCACUCUUGCCGGCCACAUCUGCCGUGAAACACGUUGGCCAUCAUGCACGCACUCAGUGAUUCCCACGCGUAGGGAGCUUUUGCGAAAUCCGUCCGGCAGCUUCGCCUUCUAUGUGAUCGGAUUCGGCGCCCGUGUAACGGGCAUGCUCGUUGUCGCAGCGCACGCAUUUCUCAAUGGUGUCGGCUUCCAACUUUCCUCGCACGCUUGUGGCUACGAGGAUAUGGCACAUCCCCACUGUUUCUUCCAACCGGUUAGCGCUUGCGGGGCGACCGCAAGCCAUGUUUGCUCUGGCUGUGCGCUUCCCUCCGUGGUUGCCAACCGCUCUUCAACUGGCUCUGAUUGGACUCUCGGCCGCACCCUCAGCACUAUGCAUGUGCAGCGCCUAUGCCACCACCUGGUGGGUGCGGAGGAAGCGUGCAAGCAGAGCCAGCGCUGGGGCGAGCACGAAGCACCCGCUACUGGAGCUCUCCUCGCGUGGCGAGCGCUCGCGGCGUUGGUGCUGCGCCUGCAGCCGGAGAUGGAGGUUCGGGUCACUGCCCUGCUGGCACAACGCUUCCCAAAUAUGGCGGACGGCGCCAGGCCUUUUGGUGCCGUGCACAUUCGGCGGCGCGACAAGACAGCACUUGAAUGGUGGGGCCGUGAGGCGCGUCCGAUAGAUACGUGCGUGUUCGCAGAGCGCCUGGCCUGGCUUGCAGCAAAAGACGGCCGAGACGGCGCCAUGCCGGUCUUCGUUGCCACAGACGACCAUCGCACGGUGGACGAGUUUGCGCAGUGCAAUGCGGCGGUGCGCCACUCGUGGACUGUCCACAGCUGGCCAGGCGAGCCGGCGCGAGGCGUCAACACGUCUGUGGUCGUUCGCCUCUGGUCGGAAAUGCAGCUUCUGAGGCGCGCAACAUGGGCGGUUGGGACGCUCAGCUCAAAUAUCGGCCGGCUCGUCCAGCUCCUCCGAAGCCAGCCUCCGGCGACAUUUUGGUCGGUGGAUACCAACCAGCAGGCAGUAAUUCCACCCGACCGCCGCUUCCUCUUCCAUCUCAAUCAGACAGACAAGGCCGAGCUGCGUGCGCAGCGCCGCGUUAGGGCCGCCCUCGCGAAGACAGCCGCCCUUGCGAUUCGACGACGGGACAGCAACUUGCGGCGCCCGCCCCCGUGGGCCAGUGUGUUGAAGGGCCACGACGCGAACAGAUAA